AUGGCAACAGGACCGCAAGCAUUCUUCUGCCUGUGGCAGGACGGUCGGAUCCGUGACACGCUCUUCGAACUACUACCAAAGGAGGAUAUAUGCAAUGUGCGACUCGCAUCUUCAGCAUGCUGCAACCUCGUUACCAAACGCCUGUUCUUGCGAACCAAUGUGACCUUCACAGCCAACACCUUCACACGACAAAGCCGGAUACAGGCCUUGUCGAGAAUAGGUCACCACAUACAUCACCUCACUUUCAACUUUCCACACACAGAUGCCACAUUCUUACCGCCGCUCAUCCACCCCGAGAGCGGGCGUGAGAUCAGCUUCUUGUAUACGCCUCACACCUCCAUGGCCUCGGUAUUGGAGAGGCCCAAAUUCGCCAACACGGGGCUUGGUGAGAUCCUCACAGCACAGUACCCGCCUCUGUUCCACGCGGCUUCAAACGUGCCUUCCUUCAUCAAUGCGAUGAAACACAUUCCGAAUAUGAGGCAUCUGACCAUCAAGACCCCUGGUCAGGCUCCCAAGGAACGGUAUCGGAGAGACAUUGUUGACUACGCUCUCAUCAGCCUUCGGAUAUCCAUGGAAAGGGCGCCGAUGAAGAAGCUCACAAAGCUGACUCUGUCGUCUGUUCAUCCGUCGGCGUUCAUCUACCUGCGCCACGUGAGCGGCUUCGGAUGCCUGCCAUCAGCAGGGCGGCGGUGGAAACAGAUCCGGAAGAUGCACAUCACCGCCGAGUCUUGGGACUUCUACGGGCCAUCACCGGGUCUCGACCACCUCAAGAUGAUCGAAGACUACAUCUGCAACUUCUCGACCAGCCUGGAGAAGUUGACGUUUACCUGGCUUGGUCGCAAAGGACCCUGCCCCAUCGCACUCGCAGCUGACCCCCUAUUCGCGCCGCCGCGCAGCUCGCAGAAGCUUUUCCACGAGGUCACAUCACCCAUGUCGCCAUUGCCACCAGCGCCGGCCAGGAAGCCUGUCGUCUUCCAGAAGCUGCGGUUCCUAGCCGUGCGUAAUGCAGUUAUGAGAGCACCGCAGGUGGCUGAUCUAGUCGCCUCGCAUCAACAUAGCGUGCGCGAGUUCGACUUUGAGAACACGUUUCUCCUCGAUGACGGCAGCUGGGAUGACGCACUGGCGCCAUUGAUGGACAACGGCUCUCACAGCGGCUACUGGUCUCGGCACUCGACUGCCACUAUCACCGAGGAGGUCGCCGACAUCCAACCCGAGUACUUAUCGGAGGACUUGCCAGAGCCUUCGCCAGCUGUCGAGGCAGUCUCGCAAGAGCUGUGCAACAUUGACCUGGACGACGAUGACGAAGAGCUCGAGAUCGAAGUCGAGGAGGAGCAGGAAGACGAGGUGGUGCUCGACUUGGACUCAGACGUCGAGGCCGCCCGCAUAGCGAGUCUCUCGUUCAGCAACAAGUUCAAGAAGCGGUGCAUCACUAAACGACGUCGCAGGCGCAAGCCCGGCCACGAGCACCAGGAGGGACACGAAGAGGAGCGACAUCAUCGUCGCCAACCCUCCAAUGACACCCUCGACGAGUCACGCGAUGGACACCAUCGCCAGCACCACCACCAUCACCGGCACCAGAGAUCACUAGACUCCCUAGACGAGCACCCCGCGCCCGUCCGCCCCAACCACAGCCGGCAGCCCUCGAACGACUCGCUCUACCGCCCGCAAGAACAUCCCCGCUUCUCCAUCGCUUGCCAGUCCUCGCGUCCGCGUUUGUUCGGCGAAGUCGACAGCGUGUACUCGACCGCAUCCUCGUCGCACCGCCUGUUCGGCGAAGUGACCAGCCAGCUCUCCGGGUCCGAGCCGGACCUCACGCACUCGCCUACAGACGAGGAGGGCGACUCGCUCAUCGACGAGUACUUCCGUCCGCGCACCCCAACGUCUCCUCCCACGCAUCACCGCCCGUCGCCAGGCAGAAGCAAGACCGCCCCCACCCCAACUACCAUUACCGCUACCACGACGGCGCUCGUCCUGCAGCCCACGGUCUACGACCCCACCGCCGAGCUGUGCUCCGAGAUCUCGGCCGUGCAGCGCGACAUCGCGGCCGAGGAGAAGCACCGCCUCAUCGCCGAGGACCCGGACGUCCAGGUCAGCGCGCUGCGGCGGGCCAAGGAGCUUGUGCUGAGUCGGUUGGGGCGCGAGUUUUGUGGUACCUCGUCCUCUUCUGGCACCAACUCCGGCGUGGUCGGCGGCGUUGGUGGUUUUAAGGGGCACGGUGGCGGUGGCGGAGGGUCGUCGGGGUUCUUGGGCAGUGCGCGGUUCCGCGAGGGCUUGUUUGGGGGGAAGAGCACGCCUGUUGUUAGUGGGACGCCGCACUUGACGACCGGGUCUGUCCAGGACCAUCGGAGUAUGGAUGUGCCGAUCUUGUUUAGUCGGGGGUGA